AAAAUUAUAGAUUAUUCUCUAAAAAUUUAUAGAUAAAAUAUUGAGUAAAAAUUAUAAUUUUUAAAAUUUAUUAUGCUGCUCACUAUAUGUAUUAUUAAAUUAAAUUUCCAAUAAUUUAUUUCAUUAAAUAUUGUAUAAAAUGGAUGAAAAGAAACUUUAUAUUGUGUCAGAAUACAUUCAGUGGUAUGAGUCUGAUUCUAAAAAGAUUCGUAAAAGAAAGGAUAAAAGUCUAACUGAUUAUUUUGGUAUUAUGAAAAAUAUUCCAUAUUUUUUUGAUGACUCUCAUAACUAUCAAAAACCAUCUUGGAAAUUUUGUAUUGGUGGAGAUGGACAAGUUUUAGCUGUAGUGCAACCAACUACACUUGAAAUGCGCACUGAUAAACAUUAUAAUAAAAUUUUGGCAAAAGCAUCUUUACCAGAUAUUAUAGCUAAUGACUUAUAUCCAUCAAAAAGAGUAUUAGCUUGGAGUCCAGAUUGCUCUAUGUUUGCUAUAGCUACUACACAAGCCAAUAUCUCCUGCUAUGACUUACUUGCUUCCAAUUUAUUUAUUAUAGAACCUAUAUCUAAAAAUUGUAAAUCACAUAAUAAUGACUUGGCCAAAGAAAUGGUCUUCUUAGAUUUACGAACUAAAUCAUCUAAAUGGUCCUAUGAAUUGAUUUUAAUUGGAGGAAAUGGAACAUUGACAAGUUAUGCUGUUUCAUCAGUUUAUGGCUAUCAGAUUCAACAUACAUUCAACUUAGUACAUAUUUUGGGUGCUUCAUCAUUAUCAUGUGUUACUCUAUGUUCAGAUCCAGCAUACGUUAUAUCAUCAGCUAAUAUUCAAAAUAAAUGGGAUCUAAAUGGUUCUGGUCUAAAUUUGUGGUCAAUGAUAUCAUAUGAACCUUAUUAUAGUCCAGUUAUAUCUAUAAAUAUUAAACAUGUAGGAUUUUGGUCUAGAUUAGUCAAUACAUUACUUCGUAGAAAAAAUAUAUUCAUAACAAAAAUAAGCUUAUCACCUUCAGCUACCAGUUUAGCCUGCUUAUAUGCAUCUCAAAAUAUUUGUGUAUGGGAUUUUCCAAAAAUAAUGAUUUCCCAAGAUUGGUCUGUAAAUGAACAAAAAGAAUAUGGUGGAAUUAUAGAUGUUAAUUGGUGGUGUAAUGAGGUUUUGGUUCUUGGAUGCUCUGAUGGUACUAUUGUUAUUUGUAGCAAAAAUGGACAACAAAGUGUUGUUAAUACAAAAAUGAGUUCAUCAUAUUAUAAAUUAUGUGGCAUAUACAAUGAUGAUAAUUUUGUUGUUGUUGAUUUUGAGUCAGAAGAAUCUUCAAACAAUAUAAAUGAUAUAUCUUUAAUUACCAAACCAGCUACAACAUAUGUUCAUAAACUUCUAGCUAUUACUAAAACUACUCCGCAACAGCUAAUUAUAAAAAAGAUUCAAGAAAAAAAUUAUGAUGAAGCUCUAGAUAUUGCUGUUAUGUAUGAACUAAAUAAAGAUUUAGUUUAUAAGCAUCAAUGGAGGGAUAGUAUAGUUUCUGAAAAUACAAUAAAUUUUAUAUUGAGUAAAAUAUCUGAUAAGAAAUGGAUUAUUAGAGAAUGUUGUGACCGUGUACCUGAUACAUUGUUAGGAGCUAAGUUGAUAUUAAGAUAUGGCCUAGAAAUAACAGAUUUUUCUGCUUAUGUAGCUACAGAAAAAGAGAACUCUAAAGUAUCUGAGUCAAUUAGUCAAAGUGGUAAAGAAUUUGUAAUAUCUAGAUUGCAACUUUUGAAAUACUUAGAUAAAUUAACAGCAUAUGAAAUGAUUUUACAAAAAAUGGAUGGUGAUUAUGAAACAUAUUAUAAGGCGCAGACCUAUAGACAUUUAAGAGAUCUGAGUCCAUUACAAUGGGCAUUUCAGUUGGCCAGGCAGUGUCAAGUAGAUGCCGUAUCUAUUGUUAUGACUUAUUAUAGCCAAUUUGUUCUAUCACAUUGGUUAGACAUUUUAUCUGAAUUUCCAGAAACGUUAAUGCCAAAGCUUUAUAGACACCUGUUACCAGUUUGGAACUCUUCUUUAAAUCAAAUUGUUAUGCUCGAGUCAAAAGUGUUUAGAGAUUUGGAUUGGUGUGAAUCUGAUCGAUUCAAAUUACUUACUAAUACAUUAGAAACUAUUGAGCCAAUAUCUUUAACAGAGGAUGAUUUAAUUUUUUGGUAUACUAAGAGAAUUAGAGAUAUUGAACUAAAUACUAAACUUGUUCAACAUACUACAGAAUUAGCAAAUAUAGCUUGUGAAAACAAUAUAAAAGGAUUAAAACAGUUAAUUGAAGAUUUAUCUGUGUUAGAAGUCUUAGUGUAUGAAUUAGGUUUUGACAAUUUGUAUUUGAAAGAUAUUGAACAACUCACCACUUUUGAAAAAGGAACUCUGUUUAUGUCUAAGUGUGAUGAAAGUUCAUUUUUAUAUAACAUGAAAUAUUAUUUUUUGCCAUAUAUUGAAACUAAGCAAGACACAUUUCAUCUAUUAGAACGGUAUUUAGUUGAAACAAGUGAAAUUUCAUUAAUAAAUGUAUCACAAUUUUUUGAGUAUUCUCAAAUAAAUGGUUGGGCCAUGGUUGAAGUAUCAGAUGAAGCAAAAAUAACUUUGGGUUUAUCAUGUGUUUACAUGUAUGAAAAAUGUGACCAACUUGAAGAAGCUAUGUCUAUUAUUUCAUCACUUACAAAAAUACUCGAGAAUAAAUGUAUCAGUCAAAAGCUUAUUGAAAAACUAGAUACUACAAGACAAUUAAUCAAUGCGUCAAAAAUUUUGUGUAGUUAUGGUAUAAAAUAUUCAUUAAAAAUUUUGCUGGAUAAUUUGAAUAGUGAAAAUUUUUAUAGAAAUACAAUGGUUUCAAUUUGUAAUUUUACAUCUAUGAAAAAUCAAACAGAAAAAUAUUGGGCAAAUUUUUUGGCAGAUUUAUUAAAAAUAUCAAAUCUAUGUUUUCCAGUACUUCCUAAUAUAAUCUGCUAUGAGGAGUAUUCAAAAAAAUUAUUAUUUUGUCACAAUGAAAAUAUUAUUAUGUUGUGCAAAGAUAUUUUAAUGAAAUUGCCUGAAGAUGUAUGUGUAAAACUUAUUAAAGAUACAUUUGCUUUGUACUUUGACCGAUCAAAAUCUUUCAAUGAUUCAACAAUGAAUUUAGCAAAGUUAUGUUUACAUAUUGUUCCUGAUAUUGAUGAAUAUUUAAAAUAUGAAUGGAAUUUAGUGACAGCAAUGACAAUGUUAAAUAAUUUAGGCACUAAAAUACUUCCGAUUCAAGUACGUAACUGUAAGGAUAAGUGGAAAUUGAUUGAUAUUAGUAUAACUGCUAAACCAAAAAAUUAUACAUUAACAAAAAAAUUUAUUACAUUAGCACAAAAACUAGAAAUUUCCUGUAAUGAAAAAUUUUCUUGUACUGAAUCGUUUAUUCUUUUUAAGUGUGCUAUGAUUGCUUAUGAUGAAAAAGAUUUCAAAUUUUCAUCUAAAACAUGUGUUCAGCUUAUGGAGAAAAAUGAGACAUCUGUUUGGCCACUUUGUUUUGAAUUAGGAAAUCAAAAUGAAUUUACUGAUAUAAGCUUAAGAAAGAAAUUUUUGUCAUUUGCUUUUUUAUACUGUCCUGUUGAAAAUAUGGUCACAAUUGUUAACUUAAGAAAAACACUAGAGAAUUUUGAAUUGAAAAAUAUUUCAAAAAAAAAUCAACAACUAUUGCUCCCAGUGAUAAAAAAUUUAAAUUACUUAGCUGUUUCUAACUACACAAGUUCUGUACACUUAAACUGUACUAAUUGUAUAGAAGUUAAUCCAUUCAAUGAGUUUACUAAAUCAAUAUCACUCGACUUAUUAUGUAAUCAUAGUUCGCUAAUAGAUAAUGAUAAAGCAUUAGCAAAUUAUGGUUUUAAAUUGUUAGAAUAUGAUUCUCUUACAUCUAUAUUAUGUUUUUUAAAUAUAACGAGUGACAACAUUGUUGAUGAAUGUUUCAAUAAUUGUGAAGGAAGUUUAAGUUCAAAAUUAGCACUUUAUAUUUUUUCUUUGCGUUUUGCUGUUUGUGUCUUGAAUGAUUUAAAAUACCUGGAAAUACCAACUGAUCAACUUAUAAAAUAUGUUAUCUCAUACUUGGAUAAUCAAGAUGAAGAAAUUGAAUUAAAAGUUGUAAAAUAUAUACGUAAAUAUGCUUUAUUAUUCAGUAAAUAUUCAAAAAAAGCUGAUAUUAAUGUAAACCCAGAAGAAUUAAAUAAAGAGCUUCUAAGAAUGGCUAGCACUGGUCAAGUGAGUAACUUAGAGAAGGCGUUGGAGAUAUGUGAUAGACAAGCCUUAAGUAUACAUGACAAACUUCUUGUGGAAUUUAUUAAGUAUUGUGUAAAUUCAUUACCAGCAAGAAACCUUGAAGAGAUUCUUGUAGCGAUUGAUUUUAAUAACUUAAUUAAGAAUAAUGAUGAAUUUUAUAAUAGUAUUACAUCAGAUAUUUAUGAAAAUGUACCUGGAAUCAAUCAUAAUGCUUUAAUUGCAUAUUAUACUGUAUUGAAUCUUAUUUAUUCUGAUGAUAAUUUUCAUUGCAAAGAAUUGACACCUGUUCAACAUAUUAAGUUACUUAAAAGAGUUCAUAGUACCAUUCCUGAUAUUGAUUAUAAAUUAUUAACACAUCCAGAAACAGCAUAUGAAACAUAUCAUGCUGCUCAACAAUCUGGUUGUAGUGGUCCUGUAAUGAAUAGAUUAUUUAAAAGUUUACCAGAUAAAAUACAGAAGCACAUAAAACAGUCUUGUUCUACUCCGUCAUCUGUUUUUGAAGACAGACAAAUUAUCGAUAGUGACAAUAUAUCAGAGUUAUUUAAAAAAAUUGAAUCACCUUCUGAUAUAGAUAAAAUAGUAAAGUUAUUACCUAACUCUGAAGAAGCUAAUGAACUCUGGGUCAAAGCAAUGGUGCGUUUAUUAUCCUUAAAGCCAUUUGAGUUUAAAAUAUCAAUAUUGGUAUUAAAGUACAUAUGUAAUAAACAUAAUUUUUCUAGUAAGGAACUGGAAGAAUUUAACAAAAUGUCUAAUAUAAAUAGAACAUUGUUGUCAUUACUAUACCUUUUAUCUGGAGAAAGUUCAGUUGAAUCUAUAGCAGUUGAUUACUUUAAAACAAAUUCUGAUCUACCUGAUGUCGUGUUAGAUACUAUUCUUGAAUAUGGAUUAAUGGAACAAUUAAUGGACUGUGAUGAAUUGGUUGAAAGUUUAGCAUGUCGAACACUGACUGGAAAUAAUAAUAAUAAACAUUGUCGUUUAGUCUGUGAACUGUUAACAUCUGUAAAUCGAAAACAGUUGGCUGGUUCUUUGUUCCUUAUACACAAUGGCGUACCUGCAGCUUUAAGGACCAAUGUUGCAGCUAGAGAAAUAGCUAAUCGUUAUUUAUCAAGAAAUUCCAAAGAUAUGUGAAAUAAUAAUAUGCUAUUGGUUUGAUUAUAUUUACCUUGUUUUUAUUAAAAUUAUACAAUUUAUUUUUACAAA